CCCAUGUGUGAUAUGAUCUCUGCCUUCGUCUAGCAUGACUGGAGUUUCAUGAGGGUGCUUGUAGCUGAGGAGAGUCGUUUAUUUGAAUUCCGAGCAAUUGGUGGUCGGGUUGAGCUUUCAAUCAGAGCAAAUGACAUGUUCAUUGGCACCGUCUUGAGAUCAUUGGAGGUAGAGGAUUUAGUUUGCUGCGAGGGGAGGUCUCAACCUUGUUAUUUGGCGAGAUCAUUCAUCCAGAGUACAGAUGUGCCUUCAUUCCCAAAAGACACUGAUGAUCAGACAUCUGGCAGCAAUGACUUAGGCCAAUUUGAAGGAGAUGAUAAAUUUUACGAGGCGUCAGAAGAUCUUAAUGAUUUUGUGAAGCCUCCUAGUUUUAGUCGUGUCAAUGGUCUACUUCCUAGUGACAUUAUACAUGCCGGAAAUGAUAACAUGGAAGUUACUGAUACAUUAGAUAGUUUUGUGAAAGCUCAAAUAGUUAUUUAUGACCAGAAGUCCUUACGCUAUCGUAAUAUUGAUAAACGGGUGACUGUGAUGCUUGCUACCUUGUCAUUGUUUUGUCGUAGGCCCACAAUACUUGCCAUCAUAGAAUUUACAAAUGCUAUUAACAUUGAGGACGGAAGCUGUGAAUCCUUCAGUGAUAAUUCUUCUACAGUCAUUAGGCAAAAUGAUACCUCAAGGGAAGAUGAGGUUGAUAAUCAGCAGUCAGCCAUAGCAGAGGCGCCCCCAGUCAAGGGCUUGCUGGGGAAGGGAAAGUCCAGAAUCAUGUUCUAUUUAACAGUGAAAAUGGCUCGUGCUCAGAUUUUGCUGAUGAAAGAAAAUGGGAGUAAGCUUGCUACUCUGUCACAAGAUCAUUUUCUUACUGAUAUUAAGGUGUUUCCAUCUUCUUUUAGUAUAAAGGCAUCCCUUGGAAAUCUGAGAAUUAGUGAUGACAGUCUUUGUAGCAGCCAUAUGUACUUCUGGGUCUGUGAUAUGAGAGAUCCGGGUGGGACUUCUUUCGUGGAGCUAGUCUUUAGCUCAUACAGUGCUGAUGAUGAAGACUAUGAGGGUUAUGAUUAUAGCCUUAUUGGGCAGCUUUCCGAAGUACGGAUUGUUUAUUUGAAUCGAUUCAUUCAGGAGGUUGUAAGUUACUUUAUGGGCCUUGUUCCCAACAAUUCAAAGGAUGUUGUAAGAGUAAACGAUCAAGUUUCAAACUCAGAAAAAUGGUUUACAACAAGUGAAAUUGAUGGAUCACCUGCUGUAAAAUUGAAUCUUUCUCUCAGGAAACCUGUAAUACUAAUGCCGAGGAGAACAGAUAGCCUCGAUUAUCUGAAACUUGAUAUUGUUCAUAUAACUGUCCAGAACACUUUUUGUUGGUUUUCUGGCAGCAAAAAUGAAAUGAAUGCUGUUCACUUGGAAAUUUUAACAGUGCUGGUUGAAGACAUCAACUUAAAUGUUGGCACUGGAGCACAAUUAGGUGAAAGUAUAAUUCAAGAUGUAAAAGGGGUUUAUAUAGUGUUUCGGAGGUCACUUCGUGAUUUGUCUCAUCAAAUACCAAGUACAGAAGUUGCAGUUAAGAUUGAAGAAUUGAAGGCAGCUCUGUCAAACAGGGAGUACCAAAUAAUAACAGAAUGUGCACUGGCUAAUUUUUCGGAGACUCCAAAUAUCAUACCCCCAUUGAACAUUGAUUAUGUGACAUCAGUUGACAUGCGGCAACGUUCAAUUUCCAGGGAUUCAGAUGCUGCUAAAUCUGACACUCAAGAUGGGGAAACAUGGAUUGCCAUGAAGGUUUCUGUUGUAGUUGAUCUUGUCGAAUUGUGCCUUCAUUAUGGAUUAUCAAGGGAUGCACCUCUUGCCACUGUGCAGGCAAGUGGCAUAUGGCUUCUGUACAAAUCUAGUACACUGGGAGAAGGUUUUCUCUCAGCAACACUGAAGGAUUUCACAGUGAUAGACGAUCGCUCGGGUACAGAGCAAGAACUAAGGCUUGCAAUACGAAAGCCCGAGAACAUUGUCUAUAGUCCUUUGCAAUUUGGCACUGAAGAUGAUGACCAUCACUUGGUUGAGACAAAUGUUGAUGGAAAACCUGUUCCUACAAUGCUUAUUCUUGAUGUCAAAUUAAGUCACAAUUCAACAUUUGUUUCUUUAAAUAUCCAGCGGCCACAACUGCUUGUGGCACUUGAUUUUUUGCUGGCCGUAGUUGAGUUUUUUGUGCCAACAGUUCGGAGUAUGCUGUCAGAUGAAGAGGACGAGAACUUUUUACAUUUAGUUGAUGCACUCAUUCUUGAUCAAUCAACAUACAGUCAACCCUCUCCUGAAUUCUCUCUUUUCCCUCGAAGACCUUUGGUGGUUGAUGAUGAGCGAUAUGACCAUUUUAUUUAUGAUGGUAGAGAUGGAACCUUGUAUCUAAAAGAUAGACGGGGACUUGAUCUUUCUUCUCCCAGCAAAGAACCUAUAAUUUACAUGGGAAAUGGAAAAAGGUUGCAAUUUAAAAAUGUUACUAUCAAGAAUGGACAGUACUUGGAUUCCUGCAUUUUAUUGGGAUCCAACAGCAGCUAUUCAGCUUCUGAGGAUGAUAAAGUCUAUUUGAGAGGAGGGGAUGAAGGUCCUCCUCCUAACUCUUUAGAAGAAACUACCGACGGCUUGCCUUCGCAAACUACUGUUGUCAACAGAUUCACAGAGUUCACAAUUGAGUUGCAGGUCAAGUGCUGUUUUAGAAUUAUUUUCUUUAUUACUUUGUUAGUACAGUUGGAGCAUCUGAUUUAAAAUCAAUUGGUAAUGAGUGGAG